CCUAGAUUCUUUCGUCCCUCGCUCACAUCCGUGCCCCACCAGCAUCUGCCACCGCAGAACACACGCUGCUCUGGAGAGAUCGUACCCAACCUUGAUGUCCGUCGCCCAUAGUGCUGAUCAAGGGGGACGUCAGGCUCGCAGGCGGACGUUGAUGCAAACAGAAUCCCAGCUUGCUGCCGGAGAGGAGGCACAGCAUCUGCUUUCGUCGGCGCAGAAGCCUUCCGACCAUGACACUUCAUUUUCGACCGUCCAGCCAACCUCGCACGGAGACGUCGCUCUACCCGCUCACUCGGUGUCCAGCGUGGUACCUGCGGGCACCGCUGAUCAUGUAUGCCCUCCUUUCCCAACCGGCUUCGGGGAAGGGGAGUCUUUCAAUGGACGCCAGUGCAGUAUCUCUGACUCUGAAAAUUUGACCCUGAACCCGGGGAUGGAGGGGCGCGGGGUUUUAGGACGUAUCCAAGUGAACGGGGAGAAAAUCCUUCGCCAGCUUAAGGCCCAUUGGAUUCUAGUGUGCUUCGCAUCCGUGGUGGCCUCUCUCGUCAUCAGUAUCCCCAUAGGGUGGGCUUUGCGUCUUCGUCCAUUCCAGGAUGCUGCAGAUACCGGGGAGCCAGGGUUGGCCUUGCACGCCACGUUGAUUUCGGUGGACCCGGGCACAGGUUCCAUGACAAUCGAUUGGGGCGUCAAUGUGGGCCUUCAUAGUUGCCAAGACUACCCGAACGCGACUAUCAACUUGUACUUCGACCAGAAUCUUCUACGCUCAUCAUCGUGCGAGUCGGGGAGCCCGUCCAACAACCGACCUUCUGUCCCUGUCUUCAGUAUGAAUAUGACUGAAGAAUGUCCCUGGGACUAUUAUGGAGACUCGGCGUAUUUUCGAACUGACAUCGCUAUCGGAUCUCUGCCAGGUUCGACUGUUCAAUCGUAUCCUUUCGACGUAUAUUACGCCGAUAUCUCCAUGUAUACCGAAAUACCAAACAACAGCACGCUAGUCCCUGUAUCAAUCACCAGAACCGGGGGAAUCGCCGUAGGUUACAGCACAAUAUUGACAGACUUGGAGCCGGGAACGUCAGUAAUUGGGAACACUUUCAAGAGCAAACUUACAAUCACCCGCGGACUUGUCAUCCGUCUAUACUCCGUGCUCAUUGUCCUUGCAAUCUGGCUCGUCACACUUGCAUUCCUUGCGACAUGCGUCGCUGUGGUGUUUCUGGGAAGACCAACGUCGGCAGCUGUCCUCGCUCUGCCGGUGGGGACUCUGUUUGCAUUCACUCAACUCCGGUCGACAUUACCAGGAGCACCAGCUGGAUUCGGCGCUGACAUAGAUUUUGUCGGCAUUUUGCCAUGCCUGACAAUAAUCACCUUCUGCUCGGUUCUGAUGAUCCUAGUGUUCCUAUACCGCAAUCCCGAGUCGUGGAGGACAUCUGAAGACAAAGAUCAAGAAAAGUACCCGUCAAACUCAUUUUCUUCCGAGUGUUAA